GAUUGGGUGGCAAACCAGUUUUCGUUGCGCCAGUCAUCGACGGGCAGCUCGCGUGGAUAGUUCGCCUUCGCUUCGGUCGCUCGUUUGCUUUGCGCGACCAACUCAAUUUGAAAAUAAAAUUUUGGCCAAUAACAAAAUUGGUUUUUUCAAUUUGCUAAGCCACAGCCGCACCGAGAAACCGCAAAGAAAUGCGACGCGACACGCUGCCAACAAAUUAAAUUUAACCUAAAGAAUCAACUCGAAAAGUGCAACAUUCCCCCAUAAAUAAUAAGCAAGCGUUGCAGUUAACUUACCGCUAAAUUCAACGAUCCAACAAUCAAGCAAAAAAAAAAAAACAAAAGAAAAAUCAUCAACGUAGGCUAAGAAACAGAACGGAAAAUGCUCAUGCACACCACAUCAAUUUCCACAACGUCGACGGCCACCAUGACCAACUCAUCGUCCUCCGCCACGCCCACACCCGGGUCGACUUCCUCCAACAACAGUGCCACGCUCGACGCGCUGCACCAGCAACAACAGCAGCAGCAGCAGCAGCAUCAGCUGCAGCAGCAACUGCAGCAGUUGCACACGAACGCCGCAAACAAUUCACGGCCCCCCUCACGAGCCCCCUCCAUCCUGGACAGUCCGACCCUGGCGCGCGUGGAGCGGGCUCGUCUGCGACUGGAGCAGCAGGAGCGGGAGCGGGAACGGGAGCGGAGCAGCCAGCGGGAGGUGGGCGGCAGCAGCGGAGGGGGCGGCGGCGGUGGUAGCAGCACUGGCACCGGCAGCACCGCCACAACCAUGAAUCGUGAGGAUAGCCUGGAGCGCAGCAUUUUGGAUCCCAAGAAAGAAACGGCGCCCUGGCAUCAGAUGUGGACGCACAUGAAACGCCUCUCGCACGCCUCCAAAGUCAAUUCGACGAGCAGUCUGACCGCCCAGAAAACCGAUGUGGGCGUGGGCCAUCAUCCAAACAUGACACCAAAUGCAACAACAACAACAACGGCAACGGGAACAAUGACAUCAACGCCCGGAAAAUGCAUUCUAUUUCCGGAUAAGACGGCCUCCCUGAAAAGCUCUAUGUAUACGCAACAGGUGUACUUCAGGCCCGAUAUGGUGAGUUGCAACAAACAAACCAAUUGGCUGAAUUUCAAACAAGACCAAUCCUUGCUGGCAGGACGCAUUCCGGUGGCCUCCAUGACAGGACCCAUUAAACGCGGACUGCUCUGGCAGCAAAGGGAUCGGCUCUUCUCUCGCUGGAAGGAGCGAUACUUUGUGCUCACUCGUGACUACUUGCACUGCUUCAAAAGAGCCUCGGGAUCGGCCAAUGAACGUGCCUCGGAUAUGGGACAGUUUAUCUUCAAGGUCAAGCUGGUGGACGUGGAGAAGGUGGAGUGGCUGAAUCGGCGCUCCUACAGCGCCAUUGGACUGCUACUGGGUCGCGAGGGUCGUGUUCUCCUCCGCUGCGAUGAUGGCCUCGAGGAUUGGUUCGAGCUGCUGGAGGAAUGUACAAUGACCUCCAAGGAGCGCAGACGAGCCCUGAAGAUUGCCCAAGGACCCAGAUCCCGAGCCUCCUUGGCUGCUCCCGUUUCGCAUGCUUCGCUGCAGUUCCAGCACUUUGGACUGGGAGGCACUUACUCGAGUGCCCUGGACGACUGGCUGAUGACGAAUGGAACCGGUGGCCUGGCCCGCCACAAGAUUGGAGCUGGCAGUCUGAACGGCUAUGGCGGGGCCAAUCCCUUCCUGUUCUCCGAUUCGGUGCCGGAUCUGAGUGCUCUUAACAACGAAAACCACAAUCACCACCUGAGCGGCAUCAGCACGAACCACUCGACGCCGCAAAAGAUCCCGCACCACAGCAAUGCGAAUCUCAGUCGAUACUCCAAUGGAUAUGUGUCGGCCCAGAACAGUUUCACCCAGGCCGGAGCACUCUACGGAUCGCCCAGGAGGAUCUUCAUCAACAGCAGCUUCGGUUCCAACCAGGUGGUGGAUGAGGAGACCGAGGAGACGGAAGUUCAGCUGCGGAGGCCCAGACUGUUCCGGGGAGUUAGCGCUACUCCGGAUAAUGGCAACGAACUGGACCGCGAUUGGCUGUAUCGGAAGCCAAGGGCGCCCACUGAUAUGAGGCACUCAGUUCAACCAAUGUUACCCACUGGCGGCGGCAGCAACAUCGGGCUGGCCAAAACCGAACUGGACUGUUCGGCCCAUGAUAGUGGCCUGGACACGCCCCCAUCGACGCACCGCCCCUCGAGCUACCGGGAGGCGAGCAGGGACAGCACGGAGACCAAUGGCAGUUCGUCGAGGGGAACCCUGCUGAACAACUCAUCGCCAGGUGGCAGUUUUCGAGCCAAGAAGCUGAGCACCCAAGUAAGCAAUCUCAAUCAGCUGAAUUCCCUGAACGGAUCGAGAUACUCGGUGCAGGAUCAGCGCAUCCUGAAGAUGCGCAACAACGAGGAGGAUCGCUGUGCCUCCAUCAAGAUGGCCAAUCGGCUCAAUCAGAAUCAGGAGCCGGCCACCUACGAUCCCAACCAGAAUCGUUACUAUAAGAACGGAAAUGCCACGCCCCCCACUUCACUGACGCCCCAGCAUACGCCGCAGCACAAGCUGAUGAUGAUGCACCAUGGCAAUGGGAACGGCAACAUGGGCACCCUGAAUGGCAACACCAACGGAUCGGAUCGCAUGAACGGAUCGGCCAUUUUCCGAGAGCGCUACCAACAUCCCGCCCUGGCCGCCAUCAUCAACGAAGCCCAGGGCCUUAAGUUUCGAGAGCGGGCCUACUCGGACAGUCAGCAGCGUCGCCUCAACAACAACAAUGGACCGACCCCCCAACCAGCCUCGCCCCUCGCCCAGCGCCGGAAUAAUGGUGGACUCGGAUCCGGAGUCGGAUCGGGGGCUAUAUAUGGCACGCCCACGCGUGUAUAGCGCCUAAAGGUCUAAACAUAAUCCAAAUCGAUGGAGAAUUGAUUGCUCCCCCACUAGUUUAAUAAUGAUAUAAUGAUUAAUAAUGAUAAAUUAGUCGACUUGAUACAAAGUUUGGAAAUUAUUUGCAUAGAAAAUACUUCAACGAAGGUAGAGAAUAGUAACUAAAUCUUAACUAUGUAGUAGUACUCGUAGUGUGUGUGCUCCAAUGUCCAGCUUUAUGUAAAUGUUUAAAUAAAAUAUACAUUAGUAAAAAGCAUCUUAAUAAAAGAUAAAAUAAAA